CGCAUGUUUAAUGUCAAAUAUAUACACUACUCAUGUCUUUGAGGAGGGUUUUUCUGACAGACAGCAGCACAAGAACUGUGAGCGGCUCGUGACAGUCAUGUGGUUUGUGGCGUUUCCUGUUUGAGAAGACAAAGCAGAGACACGGCUCAUCUCAACUGAGAUUUGUGUUCAGCUCUGUUCAGAUGGAAGGUCUACACUGCAUGAGGGACAUUGUCGCUUUUUUCUUUUUAGUCCUGUGGACGACUUCAGACAGCAGUUCUCUUGGUAUAGUUGCCACAUGUUAUAAGUCUGAGGAUGACAUACCUGAAGAACGGCUUAAGCACAAUGAUUUUAACCCUUCACCCUUACAUGGGCUGACUGCGGAGCUGAAUGAAUCUCAGACUUCUGUCAUUAUAAGAUGGUCCAUUAAUAUUGAUAGCAGCAUUCGCAGUCUUACUGGCACAUGGAUAUCGCUUUAUUUUGGAAUGAAUGAGACACAUCACAGAUGUCAAUACCAGCCUCCAUUUACCUUAGAGCAAAUCAGCCUGACCGGUCAAGAACAGUUAUGGUUCAGUUUCACUGUGCCAAAUAUACCUGUUUGUCCUUCAGCCAGUUAUGAUGUAGCGGCCUAUAAUAUUCCAACUCCAUCAGACGAAGCAACAGAAUAUAUAAAGCAUGUCACAGCAGCCGAAGUUCAGUGGAAUGCUGACAUUUAUUCAGUGCUUCAUGGGGAUAAAAUAGUGGUGAGCUUCAAUACGAGCCUCGUGGCAGAUAGACACAACAUCCACCUGAGAAACGGAACACAUCUACUAAAAACUGUUAAGGGGAGAGGGGAAUGCAAAGUAGAAAAGUGUGAAGUGGAACUGCAAUACAUGGGUCCCUGUGAAGACCUUAUGAUUGUGCAGAUAGUGGCUGACUUUAAACACUGUCAGUCUCGAAUUCAUGGGAAAAGUCAAAAGGUGGUUUGUCUGAACAGAUCUUCUUUGGACAUUGGUGUUGGAUGUGUGCUGGUGCUUCUCUUCGUGCUUCUAUGUUGCUGCAUCACCUAUCGGAUCUUCUGGCGGGCUCGUGGCUCGAGGCGUGCUGGGUCCGUGCGAGCGCUGCUCGUGUACCCUGCAGUAGACGGUGUGUUCCAGCACUCUGUGAUGCUGCUAGCUGAACAUCUGCAGAGUCGUGGCGGUGUAAGCGUCGUCAUCGACGUGUGGGAGAGAGGAAGUCUAGCAGAACAAGGGCCGCUCCGCUGGCUCAACUUGCAGGCCGACCUCGCCAAGAGAGUCCUCAUCGUCUCACCACCUCCACGCUCACAAACUGACUACCUUACAUCCAAACUAACUCCUGGCGUGCCUGAUGACACUGUUUCAGCUUCCGCCAGCAGUCUUUUUGCCCUGACCCUCAACCUAGUUACCGGUGCUGCCCAUGACCCGCAUGGCCGGGACAAGUUCUGGGUCAUCAACCUGGACCAUGAUGAGAAGAGCGUACAGCCCGAACUCAGAGGCUGCAGGACGUUCGGUCUGCCGAGAGACUUGAAGAAGCUCCACAGGCAGCUGUUGAGUGGAGCAGUCCAGAGUAGAGGGCUGCAUUGGGUUUGGGCUCCCGCGGGACCCAACGCAAAUCUCGCAGGAGCGGGCGGUUUUACCUUUGCUGGGAAGUCAGAAAUUUUCGCGGGAGACCCGCAGGGAACGGUGGGAUUUGAUGUGUAAUAGAAAUGGAGUCAACACAUUAAGUUGAGAAGAAAAUUAAAGCGGCUGUUUACAUGACAAAAGCAAAGCAAGGCAAAGUCAGACAUCUGGAAACAAUUCUCAGUUGUCACUGAAAAAAAUGGGAAAGAGUUAAACUUCGUAAGUUGCGAUAAAUGUGCACAAGGACAUAAAUCUGGCACCUCUGCCCUGAGGCAACAUACCUAUUUUCUAAGUUCUAUGUGUUUAUUUACUUAAGUUAGUUAUUUCAUACUUUGUUUUGGCUUAUUUAGCAUACUUAAACUGUUUGUUAACAGUUAAGGUCAUUGCACACUGAGUCCGAAUUUUUUGCGUGCGUUUUUCCGAUUUUUCGUAUUCCUCAUCCUUUCCUAUCAAAAUGCAUGCUACAAAUGUGAAAAUGCAGAAACUCGAACCUGAUCCGAUUUAUUUUUUAAUGAAGGACGAAAGUUUCGGAGGCAGUGUGUGACAAUGUGAGGUUGUAUUUAUUUUUUAACAUGCGAAAAUUUCGGACUGGCUGUGAAAUGACCUUUAAACAGUUUGUUUAGUAAAUCGUUUGGUGCUUCUGUAUCAAGCAGUAGGCUACUUUUAAAAACUGAGGUACUGCUAUUUGUGCUUUUGUUUUAACGGUUAAUGUUUAAUAACGCUAAUAAAAAAAUACCCAAUGUUUUUGUCAGGUGUGGUGCUUUGGUUUAGCAUUACUUCAUCUUAUUUAAACGCAGUCAUGUUUAAAUCCUGCUAUUCUGGAUGAUAAGUUGAACGAAUAUUUGAGUAUUUGUGUAGCCAACAUUUUUUUACAAGCUCUGAGAGAAAGUACGCGGAGCGGACACAAACAUUGCGGGCGCGGGCGGGAGUGGAACACGCAGGUUGCGGGAGCGGGCGGUCCUGGUCAGAAAUUCAGCGGGAGCGGGCGGGGGCGGGUUUAAGAAAACAGUCCCGCACAGGGCUCUAGUCCAGAGCCCAGCGCUGCCGUGAUGCUUCAGGUCCUUCUACUGCAAAAACACCUUGGAGCAGCUGGAAAUGAACACAGACUUCCCGUCCUGUGCAUGUCAGACUGAAUCCAACAGCCUGGACAAAAAUCCUCAUCUCUUGUCAUAAUAAGUGACUUUGUGUUUAUUUAUCUUUACCAGAAUCAGAAUGAGCUUUAUUGCCAGGUAUGUUUAAACAUACUGUAUGAGGAAUUUGUUUUGGUGACAGAAGCUCCACAGUGCAACAGAAUGACAGCAACAAGACAAGACACAGAUAAUAAAGAUAAUAAUGUACAAAUAUACAAAAUAGACAAGGUACAAAAUAGCAAAAACACAAUAUACAAAAUAGACAAUUUAGUAUGUACAGGUAUGUUAGGUGCAAAUUUGAAAUGUAAAUAAGUAUGUGUGUUAAAUAAAUAAAUGUAUUAUAGCGUUGUGUGUUCCACGUUUAUUGUCAAGUGUUCAUGAGAUGGAUUGCCUGAGGGAAGAAACUGUACCUGUGCUGGUCGUUCUGGUGCUCAGAGCUCUGUAGCGUCGACCAGACGGUAACAGUUCAAAGAGCGAGUGUGCUGGAUGUGAGGGGUCCAGAGUGAUUUUGCCAGCCCUUUUGCUCACUCUGGAUAAGUACAGUUCUUGGAGAGUGGGGAGGGUUGUACCAAUGAUUCGCUCAGCAGUCCGGACUACCCUCUGUAGUCUUCUGAGGUCAGAUUUGGUAGCUGAGCUGAACCAGACAGUUAUUGAAGUUCAGAGGACAGAUUCAAUGAUGGCGGAGUAGAACUGUUUCAGCAGCUCCUGUGGCAGGUUGAACUUCCUCAGCUGGUGAAGGAAGUACAACCUCUGCUGGGCCUUUUUGACAAUAGAGUCUAUGUGAAUGUCCCACUUCAGGUCCUGGGAGAUUGUGGUGCCCAGGAAUCUGAAUGACUCCACUGCAGUCACAGUGCUGUUCAUGAUGGUGAGUGGGGGGAGUGCAGGGGGGUUUCUCCUGAAGUCCACGGCCAUCUCCACAGUUUUGAGCGUGUUCAGCUACAGGUUGUUAAGACUGCACAAGACAGCCAGCUCUUUAACCUCUUUAACCUUUAACUUGAGUUUUAUUGAUACAAAUAUACUGCACUGCUUUUUCUAAAUUUAUUACUUCAUUUUUUUGUUUUCUCUUUUUGGAUAUCUGUUAUUUUCAGUGAGUUACUUCGUGAGUUGGGGGUAAAAUGAGAUGUGACUCAUUUUUUUAAAGUGUUAAUUUUGCUUAAAAGCUUACAUUAAAAUAAUAUAUACAGUGUAUAUACACUAUAUACAAUUAUUAUAUUACAAUAUUAUUUCAUUACAAUACAAAAUAAUAUAUUACAGUGAGAAUAUUUGUUGAGAAUUUAAACAUUUAGAAUGUUAUUUUAAAUAUAACAUUCAUUUUGCAGAUCAGCAUCAGAAUGACGAAAUCUGCUUUUAUUUGUAUUCUGAGUUUAUCUGGUUUGCAGUGACCUCUGCCUGCAGUUCUUGUGUUGCUUUGUUUAGUGUGAUGUGUGACCACUUCACCAAACAUAUGAUCUCCUGCACAUAUAUUGAUAGAAGGCAUAACUGAUCCAUCUCUUCAUGGUUAAAUAAAGGAGAGCUCUUCCUUACUUGAGCUGUGCCUAUGGAAGCAUUCUCACACUGGAAUAGAGGAAGCUAAUGAUGGUCUGCUUACUCAAAUAAAACAUCACAGAACCUGCUGAGCGACCGCUACAGGCUAAAGGUCAGGCGGCUAACCACAACACUUCUGCAAACAUGCGUCACAAACGAACAGCUGAAUCCGUUUCUUGCUCCCUUUGGAUUCUGGGUUCACUUUCAUUCACACAUUCAACUUGCGCUUCUGAAGUGACUUACUCGGGGUCAAGUUACU